AAAAAUGAAUUGGGUACUUGAAAUGUGCACAGGUGUGUUAAUUCACUCCAAUGGCAUGAACUCCCUCUGGGACUUUGAUACUGUAAUCAUUCUACCACUCCUGUAUUAUGCUACACAUCACAGUCAUUAAAUCACUCCACGAUGUAGGGUUAGUUUCAGCAUACCCAAAUACUAUCAGCUAUGAAUGAUAACUCUGGGAGUGCCGUUGAGAGUUACAGCAUACCUAGUUAAUGGUUAUUAAUUUGGUGCCUAUUUUGCCAACUUAGAACACUCAGAACUCAACUUAGAACAGAGCUUUGCACAACUAUCUAUUUCCCUAGUUACCCUUAUCGUUGUUCUAACUUUGGUGAAGAUUAGCUGAAUCGAACAUGCCACCUCUAUCGCUGCUAUUUUGAGGGGCUCAGGCGCCAAUUACCGGUUCCCUAGAAUUUGCCCGUAAUUGACUGCGUCCCAUAAUAGGUAACUCUGGAAGUGACAGGCAGCCUCAAAUGUGGUUCUCCCGCCUGUCGAUUGGGCCUGGCAGGAAGCUCCGCCUCAUCCACUCUGCCAAAGGCGGCAGUUGGUCCAGCGUCGGUGAGUGGCGGGUCUUAGCUCCGCCCCGGCCGUCCGCUGCGCUGCCUGGGUCGGCGCCGUUUCCAGUUGAGAGAUGGCGGCCGCCGCAGGUAGAUCGCUGCUGCUGCUCCUCUCUUCCCGGGGCAGCGGCGGGGGCGCCGGCGGCUGUGGAGCGCUGACUGUCGGCUGCUUCCCCGGGCUGGGCGUCAGCCGCCACCCGCAGCAGCACCACCACCGGACGGUGCACCAGAGGCUCUCUUCCUGGCAGAAUUUGAGAGUUGUUUAUUGCAGUACUGUUGUGCCCUCUGAUGAUGUGACAGUGGUUUAUCAAAAUGGGUUACCUGUGAUAUCUGUUAGGCUACCAUCCCGGCGUGAACGCUGCCAGUUCACACUCAAACCUAUCUCUGACUCUGUUGGUGUGUUUUUACGACAAUUACAAGAAGAGGAUCGGGGAAUUGACAGAGUUGCCAUCUAUUCACCAGAUGGCGUUCGAGUUGCUGCCUCAACAGGGAUCGACCUCCUCCUCCUUGAUGACUUUAAGCUGGUCAUUAAUGACUUAACAUAUCAUGUACGGCCACCAAAAAGAGACCUCUUAAGCCACGAAAAUGCAGCAACGCUGAAUGACGUAAAGACACUGGUCCAGCAGCUGUACACCACACUGUGCAUUGAGCAGCACCAGUUAAACAAGGAAAGGGAACUUAUUGAAAGAUUAGAGGAUCUCAAAGAACAACUGGCUCCCCUGGAAAAGGUACGAAUUGAGAUUAGCAGAAAAGCCGAGAAGAGGACCACUUUGGUGCUAUGGGGUGGCCUUGCCUACAUGGCCACACAGUUUGGCAUUUUGGCUCGGCUUACCUGGUGGGAAUAUUCCUGGGACAUCAUGGAGCCAGUCACCUACUUCAUCACUUACGGAAGUGCCAUGGCAAUGUAUGCAUAUUUUGUAAUGACACGCCAGGAAUAUGUUUAUCCAGAAGCCAGAGACAGACAAUACUUAUUAUUUUUCCAUAAAGGAGCCAAAAAGUCACGUUUUGACCUAGAGAAAUACAAUCAACUCAAGGAUGCAAUUGCUCAGGCAGAAAUGGACCUUAAGAGACUGAGAGACCCAUUACAAGUACAUCUGCCCCUUCGACAAAUUGGUGAAAAAGAUUGAUCUGCAAAGAGCCUCUGAAUCCUGGCAAAAAGAACACCUGUUUGCCUUUUUAAUUUAAAGCAUUGCAGGUGGAAGCUGGGAGCCAUGUGGGGGUAGAGGGUUUUUACCUUUAAUUCUAAAACAAAAACAAAAAGGAUCUUGGGGAAGAAAGGAAUGUUAAAAUCUAAGGAUCAGGCAUUGUGGAAUAUAAGCUCAAAGGGCUUAGUGAAUAUUGUCUUAAUCAAGCAUCUCACAGUUUCUGGGUGUAAUGAUGCAAUUAUAUAGUUGAGAGAUUCAUAAAGAAAAAAUGAUGCUGGGGGUGUUUGUUUCUUGCAUCUUCUUUGCAGGGUCAGCAAAACAGUAACACACCAGCACCCUACUCAGCUGUAAUUCUUUUUAUUUAUCUUUUCUUAUUUUUGACAUAGGAGUAAAUAAAUAUACCAGAAAAGCAAAUCCUCAUGAUAUGUGGGUGGCAAACAGUCUGAACCCGUACCAUUAGCAUUUAUUUUAAAUUGGACCCAGUUUCUGCAAAGUCACCAAGAAUCUCUCCCUCCUGUAGCCCUUUACCGACUACCUACCUAUACCUGCUACACUAAUUUUAAUUGGAACUAACUUAUGACUGUUUAAUAAUUGACACUUUGUAUUACCCCUUAAUACCUUCUCAAAUGUCUAUAUAUCCCAGUGCUCUGGAUCAUUAUCUAGAAAUCAUUGGCAACACUGCAUGAGGUUUUAUUGUUUUGUUUUGUUUUUACUAAGUAGUCUUUAGGAGGAGGAAAAAUUCCCCUCCUUUAUAUACCUAUCCCAUUGAUAAUGCCCUCUCCC